CCUAGCAAAAAAAUUUCGAUUAUUUUCCCGAAUUUAGGGUUAUUUUUUCCAAUCAAAAGGCACCCAAAGGAAACCUUAAAUCCCAGUUCUGCAUUUUGAUAAUGGAGUCAUUUCGAUCGAAAGCAUAAACAUGAGGCACUGACCUAUGUCCACUCUGGUAAAUGCACUUCCAGCCUGUCUAUUACUAUCUCAAAACAUCACCAUUUUUAUUUACUGAACUCAGAAGUUGAAAUCUAUCAGGCAGUUGUCUGUUGGAAAUUCCAGCAAAAAAUGGGAGUUGGGGACCAAGUGGAGGUGGGAGCUAAAAUUCAAAAGUCAUCUGGGAAAAAAGAGAUGGGCAGAAACUAUGAUAGAAUAAGUGAUCUACCUGAUCCAGUUCUUCAGCACAUCCUUUCCUUCCUACCUACCAAGUAUGCAGUGAGUACUAGCAUAUUAUCAAGGAGAUGGCAAUCCUUGUGGACCUAUGUUGACAAGCUAAACUUUGAAGAUGACCUGUUUUAUUCAAUACAAAUGGAUGAAGAUCUAAUGUUUAAGUUCAUGGAUUUUGUGGAUAAUGUCCUGGUUGUUAACAAUAUGUUAAAUAUAGAGAAGCUCCGUCUUUUGGGUGGUGAUUGUAAUGCAGAUCGCAUUGAUUCAUGGAUCCAGGCUGCAAUAAAACGUGAGAUCAAAGAGCUUGAUAUGUUCAUCUGUCCUAAGGUUCCUUUUGAGUUUCCUAGUUGCUUAUUUAGUUGCGAGUCAUUAACAGUGUUGAAAAUCAAUUUGGCAUGUUCUGAUCUCAAGCUCCCAACUUCAAUUUUUCUUCCUAACCUUAAAACCAUGCGUCUUGAUUGUGUUAUAUUUUCAGAUGAAAAUUUGACCCAUAAUUUCUUUCGUAACUGUCCGACCUUGGAAAACUUGAUCAUGAAAAAAUGUGGAUUGCGGGAUCUUAAGGUCCUCCACAUUUCUGCUCCUAGACUGAAAUUCUUGACAGUUGAAUGUGGUUGUGGUGGACAAAAAAGUUUAAGUCACUGUGAGAUCAAGGUUUCAACCAGAGAUCUUGUAUCACUUAGGUACUAUGAUGGUGUUGCCAUUGGCUAUUCAUUGGAGAAUCCACACUUGGUUGAUGCAUGUAUUCGCUUGUGGCCUACUCGCCAUUCACUGAGGGUAUUCUGGAACACAGUAGGUUACAGUGCAAUUAAUCUUCUUAAAGGGGUUUCUCAUGCAAAAGUUCUGAAGUUGUCUGGUAGGAACAGCAACACCAUUGAGAUUCUUUCUCCAGUGCAUGAUUUGUUGGAUCAUCUGCCUACCUUUUACAAUCUCAGAUCUUUGAAGCUGACCGCGGGGUGUUGCACAAGGCAUCUUUCAGUUAUAGUCUGCUUGCUCCAAAGUGCUCCUAAUCUUGAAUACCUCAAAGUAAAAAUUGAUGAGGAAAAGUCCAAAGGUCGGGAAUGUUGGGAACCAGAGAAAUUGGGUAUCAAUUUUCUCUGUGAUCAUCUCAAGGUGAUUGACAUCAAGGGGUUUGGGGGAAGGGAGAACGAACUGGAGCUAGUGAAAUUUUUGCUAGAAAAUUCCAAGAGUUUGGAGAAGAUAAUGCUUGUUGCUUCUGUAGGAUUGUCCGAUGACUCUUGGAAGCAACUAGAGGCUAAACGAAAGCUUCUAACGUUCCCGCGAGCAUCAGAUUUUUGUGAAAUUGAGUUCAAAACCUUGACGCGUGAACUUGAUUACACUGAGCUGCCUAUUUGUGAGUAUGGUUUGUAUGGUCGGCAGAUGAAGAAUUCCUUUUUAAUGCCUCUAAUGAGAAAGCCUUUCCUGUAUGACUUGGAUGAAUGGCGCCCGUUGCCCAGGUAGCAUGGUACUGAUUCGCAGACUUGUUUUGAUUUACAGUAGUGCAUUAAUAGCAACAUCGUCGGUGCUAUAUCUUCCUUAAUGGAAGCACUAGCUGCUUAGAUGGGACUGCAAAUAGAUUAUUUUUUAAGAGUGAUCUGUUAGAAAUGCCAAUGCUUUUUUCAAAAUCAAAUUGUAUCAACAUGGACAUAACCCUAUUUCUGUAUGGCUGGAACAGGAAAUUGAAGCUCA